AUGCCCUCGAAAUCAUCCUCCAACAAAAAAGCCGCUUCAGGCUGCGGCUGCCGAUGCUUCUCGCUGCGCAAUUUGAGCCUCCUGGCCGUCUUUCUGGCCCUGUUCUCGGCCCUGUACAGCUUCCUCGAUGCGCGUCUCCAUCAAUUCUACAUCUUUGAUCCGGAGCAUCUGCACGAUCUGUCGCAACGCGCCAUCAAGGCUCAUGGCGAGGACACGCGCUCCAUUGUCGACUUUAUCGUUGCGGAGCUGCAGGACAAGGUCGGCGAGAAGUACCUGAGUACCGAGGAGGAAUGGGUUUUCAACAACGCCGGUGGCGCCAUGGGCGCCAUGUAUGUGAUUCAUGCUAGCAUCACCGAAUACCUCAUCAUCUUCGGCACCACCAUCGGCACCGAAGGCCACACCGGUCGCCACACCGCCGACGACUACUUCAACAUCCUCCAGGGCGAACAACUGGCCUACACCCCCGGCGACUUCGCUCCCGAGCGCUACCCAGCCGGUACCGUCCACCACCUGGUCCGCGGCCAAGUCAAGCAGUAUAAGAUGGACAGCUCGUGUUUCGCGCUCGAGUACGCGCGUGGCUGGAUCCCUCCCAUGUUGUUCUUUGGGUAUGCGGAUACCUUUACGAGUACGUUGGAUUUCCCGACGUUGUGGGCGACCACCCGGAUUACGGCCAGGGAGAUGGUGGGCAAUCUGUUGCAGAUGAAGUUAUAG